AUGUCCAAAGUAAAGAAUCUAAUUGCCAAAAUGCUGCAGCGGCGCAAGUGCAACAGCGGCCACAACAGCAGCAGCAACAUCAACCAUUGCCAGCGUUAUGACAGUCUGGAGGAGAUAGCGCAGAAUCAGGCCAACGAACGCAUGCUGCAGGAGACAACAAAUGCAACACAUCAAUUGCUCUUCUGCUUGGAAACCGCAGACGGCAGCUUUUAUUGGCAUGCACAGUAG